GAAUGACUUGGCGGCUGAUAUAAAUAUUGAGGAACGUGAUCGGAGUUUAUGUUGCUAUCAGCGUCCAGACGUUUAGCUCUCCUUAAAGUUGAUAGAUGCCGAUAUUUCGGAAAGUGUAUUGCAUACUACUCCCAAACUUCAAAUGAUUCCGCAGGAGAAAAGACUCAACAGUCCAACUGGACUGGUAAAAAUGCUUGGAAAAUAGGUUUUAUUACUUUGUCGUGUUCUGGACUAUUCAGCUUCGGAUUUGCUGUUGCAACAUGGGGUAAUUCAUGAUAAGCGUUUAUCUUCCGUUGCUAGGUCCUCCUCAAAAGGAUGAAAAUGGCGUUGAAGUAAGUAAAUAACCUUUUAAUAUUUACUGAUUAGAUUGAAGACAAGUUUAGCCGAAGUAAGCCAUCCACUUGUAUUUAUUAGACCUCAGUGCCCUUCAUUUUCGGCUACAUUUGCAGGACGUGGAGCUCUUUAUUGGAAUUUAAUCAGAGUAUCAAAGAUCCCGUCAGCGAAAAGCUUCUUCCGGACCCAGUGCAACCACCAUAUUACCAACCUCCUUAUACGCUUGUCUUAGAAAUGACUGAUGUUCUUGUGCACCCAGAUUGGAAGUUUCGUACGGGUUGGCGUUUUAAGAAAAGACCGGCUUUGGAAUUGUUUUUGCAGCAACUUUCUCCCCACUAUGAAGUUGUAGUCUUUACCAAUGAAUCAGCUAUGACUGGAGGUCCAGUUUUGGCUCAGAUGGAUCCGCAAGGACAGUUCAUUCACUACCGACUGUUUCGUGAAGCAACUCGUUAUAAGGAGGGAAAACACAUCAAGGACCUUUCAUGUCUUAACAGAGAUUUGUCUCGCGUUGUUCUCGUAGACUGGGAUCUUACUGCUGCCCAAUUACAGCCACGCAACUCACUGAUCAUAAAACGCUGGGAUGGUGAGGAGUCAGAUAGGGAACUGAUAGACCUGGCAGCCUUUUUAAGAAUGAUUGCUAUGGGGAGUGUGGAUGAUGUUCGUCUAGUGUUAGACUACUACAGAGAGUUCGAUGAUCCUUUGGCUUUUUUCCGUGAAAAACAUGAAGAACUCAUGGAAAUUCAAGCUAAACGUAAACAUGAAGCAGAAAAAGCUUUGUCGAAACGUCCUCGGCCGACAUUUUCAUUCACUGGAAUGGCUAGGUCUUGAUGUGCUAUCGUGAUUGUUGGUAUGUUCUCCUUACUCCACGAACCGCAGUAAUGAUUGCAAAAUAUUGUACAGCAUCUUACCUACAAGCUUCCUUUGGAAACUACCUGUUUUAUAUGAAUAAUAAGUGUAAUGCCGCAAAUUUUAUUCUUUAUAUAUUAUCUUCCUCAGACUAGUGGGCGAUUGCGGUAAUUCAGCGAUUUAUCCGACCGUGACAAUAGCUUUUGUCAUCUUCAGUUAUGCAUUUAUUCUAUGCUUAAGCGAGGCUCAGUAACAGUAAAACUAUUUGAAUAUAUAUUAUAU